CUACUUCCUCUGAUGGAAUUUAGAUUUUAUUAGUUGACUUCAUUAAAUUGACAAUGUAUUUGUCAUUGGGCAUAUCAAUAAACAAGAUUGUUAUCAAAAUUUAUUGUGCCAUAAUAGAUCAGAGUGCAUUAUAUUUUAGUAGCAAUCGAAUGCUCGAUCUAGUAGGCCGGAAUGACGGUUAAACAGAAGCUCAGUCCGAGGUCCAGCAGGGUAGAGGAUGGGAAGACGUUAGUGCAGAGAAUCGACCUGGAUACAAUCCUUGUGGAGGAGAUAGGUCAAUUCGGCUGGUAUCAGUUCAGAACGCUGCUCCUCGCUGUGUUGAUGGUGAUCUUCGCGGCGUGGGCGGCCAGCGAAUACGUGUUCACCACAGCUAGGAUAAGUACGAGAUGUUUGAUACCAGAGUGCGAAGAAGGAGAUGCCAUCGAGUUCUCUCCACCGUGGAUCUUGAACGCAGUUCCUGGAACAGGAAGCGGCUUCGACAACUGCCAGCGCUUCGCCAACGUGUCCGCCCUCGCCCGCUCCGACACCUGCCCUGCGACACUCUUCAACCGGGAUAGAGUGGUGGCUUGCGAAGAGUUCGUCUAUCAAAACACAGAUACCGUUGUAUAUGAUUACGGCCUAGCUUGUGACGAAUGGAGACGGUCACUGAUCGGUUCAGUUCGUACGUUUGGGACAUUGCUGGCGCUACCGAUAACCGGCUACGUGUCUGACCGUUGGGGUAGGAGGGCUGCGCUCACCAUAAACGCCUUCAACACCGCCUGGCUCGGCGCCGUCCGUUACUUUGCUGGCACAUACAUUGGCUUCCUAAUCUCUGAAGUCGCGGAGGCAACCUUCGGAUCUGGUGGAUUCUCUUGCGCUUAUAUCUUGCUGAUGGAGCUGGUGGGGCCUAAAUUUCGUGUCGCUGCCGGGGCCACUAUGAACACUUUCUUCUCUAUCGGCCAAAUUACCAUGGGCCUGAUAGCCUGGGGCGUUCCCAACUGGAAGUAUUUCACCUUAGCUCUUUACAUUCCACAACUCGUCACCAUUUCCUAUUUCUGGGUCAUGUCUGAAUCCAUCCGGUGGUACAUGAGUAAAGGAAGAUAUGAUGACGCGGAGAAAGUGCUCAAAAAUGUUGCUCGAGUUAAUAAAAAAGAAUUAUCAGAGAAAUCACUGCAUGCGUUAAAACAAUCUGCUGAAGAGGAGAAGGUACGCCAGGCGGCAGAACAGGACGAGAGACGGAAAGAACCUUGGCUUAUAGUCUUGGUGUUUCGGCAUAAGAAAAUCUUACUUCGUUGUUUAGUUUCACCUGUUUGGUGGAUAACUACCACAUUCAUCUACUACGGGAUGUCAAUAAAUUCAGUGAACAUGUCUGGUAACCGAUACGUGAAUUACAUUGCGGUGUCGGCGGCGGAGAUACCCGGCUACUGGACCGCGGUGCUGCUGAUGGGCAAGAUUGGUAGGAAACCGGUUCUGGCUGGUGCAUUCUGGGUCUGUGCGGCCUGUCAGAUUGGAUACAUCUUCAUGCCUGAAGAUUUUUAUGCUAUCUCUCUCACUCUGUACCUGAUCGGAAAGUAUAGCAUUGCGAUGGUGAUGACGUCAGUUUACGUGUAUACCGCCGAGCUCUACCCAACUCGUUACCGUCAUAGCCUCUUCGCAUUCUCUUCUAUGAUGGGCAGGAUUGGCUCUAUCAUAGCACCACUCACACCUGCCUUUGGUGCUGCGGUAUGGGAAGACCUACCAUUCGCACUGUUUGCUGUCUUCGCACUCCUGUCAGGCACCCUGGUCCUCAUCACGCCGGAGACUUUGGGCUCCAAGUUGCCAGACACCAUGGAGGAGGCGGAGCAGAUCGGGAAGAAGCAAACUACGUGACAACUCGGCUGUUAUUAAAUUAUAAAUAAUUAGGUUAUAAAUUAAGGAUAAUUGUUAACUUUGUUUUUG